GGCGGGUGAAAAGCGCCAAAUCAAAAAUACCAAGGAAAUAACAAUGAAAGUGUGAAGAGUCCGUGUGAUGAAAGACAACGCAUCUCAGUAUAAAUAGCUCCCCCUCACAUCUUAGCCUUUAACGUUGACCGGUUCACGUUACCUUCCUAGUAACAGACUCGUUCACUUUGUUCAAACAUGGAGGAACUGUUCAGCAAAGUGUUACAAGUGCUCGUGAGGUGCCGGGACAACGAGGAAAGGAAAGCAAAUAUCCGUGUCACAAUUGGGCUUCAGUUGGCAAGUUCAGUACACAAAAGGGAUCUUCUAGUAAAACUAACAGAUGAUGUAGAUCCAUAUUUUCUCUUCAACCUCUCUAUAUCAGAAGAAGAUUUCCAAAGUUUGAAAGUCCAGCAGGGACUUCUGAUAGACUUUGCAUCUUUCCCUCAGAAGUUUAUUGACCUUCUUAAUCUGUGCCAUUCUGAGCAAGAGUCAGACAAUCCAAGGUUUCUUCUGCACUUGUCAUGUCAGUCUCCAGUGCUUGAAGGGCCUGCCAACUUCAGCGUCGUGGAGACAAACGCAUUCAAACACCUGAACCACUUGUCUUUACGGCUCACUCAAGGAUCUGAUAAAGAGGUUAAAGAUUAUCUGGCAGUGUGUCUUUCCUCUCUGAAGGCAGAAAAGCAGGGUCUCGAGAUGAAGCUAAAGAAGACUGAAGAUGAUCUGUCCAGGCAGCUGAGUUAUGCUCAACAGACUCUGUCUGAGAAGACAAAAGAGUUGGACAAACUGCGUUCAGAGUGGACAAGUCAGUCCAGCUGUCUGUCAAGUCGUCAUUCUCAGGAGUUACAAUCAGAGAGAGAGAAGGCUGCAGAGUUACAGAGCAGACUUCAGCAGCAGGCUGAGAAGCUUCGCCAGGAGCUGGAGCGUGAACACAAGCAGAGCAGCCAGCAGCUUCAUAGCAGACUGACAGAGCUGGAGGCCUCCUGCAGAGAGCUGACAGAGAGAAAAUACAAGAACGAGUCUGUCAUCAGAGACCUGAAGAUUAAACUAGUCGGUACAGAGGAGGAGUGCCAGCGUUCGAAGCAGCAGGUCCUGUCUCUUAGGAGGGAGAACAGCACUCUGGACACAGAGGUCCAUGAGAAGGAGCGUUUGGUGAGCCAGCUGCAGAUGAGAGUGGCUGUUCUGGAACAGGAGAUCAAAGAUAAGGAUCAGCUCAUGCGACGCACAAAAGAGGUGCUGGAAGCCACUCAGGAGCAGAAGAAGUCAAUGGAAGAAAAUGCUGAAAGUAAAGAACUUCAGAUUAGAAAACUUGAAGCAACGGUGAAAUCACUGUCUGAGGAGCUGAUAAAGGCUAAUGGUAUCAUUAAGAAGCUGCAGGGGGAGGUACGGGUCCUAAUUGGAAAAAUAAAAGUGAAAAACACUGUGACUGUGUCCCAGGAGAAGGUCCUGCAAGACACAUCAGAAAAACUUCAGAAUGCUGAAAAGGAUCUCCGUAGCGCUCAGCAGCACCUCAUCACCAAGGACGAGGAGGUUUCAAAACUAAAGGAGCAGUUGGAGACAACGGUACAGAAGCUAAAUGAAAGCAGAGAGGUGUUAAAAACAAAUGAGAAUGUUAUAAGUUGGCUUAACAAGCAGCUAAAUGAAAAGCAGAUGUCCAGAGAUCCACUGUCUCCUAAACCUUUUGAGAAUCCUUCAGUUUCAUCCACAACAACAGGAAUGAAGGCACAGUUUUAUCCUCAGACAGGCAAACCUGCUGUAUCUCCUGUGGCGGCUGAUAUCACUCCUGCUGAACAGCGAGCAGCGCAGCCAGCUAACAGACAGAUUGGAGACUCCACAGGUCUGGAUUCUAAGUACUUUGACAGAAAAGAUGAUAGCAUCCCGAUCUACGGCCUGUCGUCUAAUCUGCUUCACAAAGAGUUCCCUCAGCGAACAAAGCCCUCCAUGGCCUCUGCGUACUUCUCUGCAUAAAGCAGAACCCAGCUACAUAUAAGGAUCAGCAAACAGAAAGUUUAUUCCAGCUUCAUCUUCCGCUUUAUGUGUGUUAGCUCCUGUACAAAACUGUUACUGAUAAAUAAAUGUUAUUAAAAAGCUAUUGUUAUUUUUAUGGGUGCUAAUGGUCUUAAAUGUCUAUUUUCUAUUUUGUGGUUCAAGUAAAUGCUGUCUGUAUGCUGAUCAUGGAGAAUGUAUAAAGUCUUCAAAUUAAAAUUCUUCACUUUUUUCUUAAUACAGUAAAUUGUGUUUGCCAUCA